AUGGGAGAGGGCUCCCUUGAGCUGAGGUUGCUGCAUGCCUCGGCGCCCAGGAAUGCUGCAAAAGUGAGCCCCGCCGAGCUCACCAAGAUCCUUAGCGAGCGCAUCGCCAACUUCAAGGAUCAGGCAGAUGUUCAGGAAGUGGGCCGCGUGCUAUCGGUUGGCGACGGCAUCGCGCGAAUUUACGGUCUCAAGGGUGUCAAGGCGGGCGAGAUGGUGGAGUUCUCUAGUGGCCUCAAGGGCAUGGCCUUGAACUUGGAGACCGACAAUGUGGGCGUCGUCGUUUUCGGAGACGACCGCGCGAUCGUUGAAGGUGACAGUGUAAAGUGCACCGGCACGAUUGUGGAUGUGCCGAUUGGCGAAGAGCUGCUGGGCCGUGUUGUGGAUGCCCUUGGCACGCCCAUCGAUGGCGCCGGGCCGAUCCAGACGAAGAGCCGUCGCCGUGUUGAGCUCAAGGCUCCCGGCAUCAUUCCCCGGCAGAGCGUGCACGAGCCGAUGACCACAGGCCUGAAGGCCGUGGACAGCCUGAUCCCGAUCGGCCGCGGCCAGCGGGAACUGAUCAUUGGUGACCGUCAGACCGGGAAGACGGCCAUCGCAAUCGACACCAUCCUCAAUCAGAAGGCCAUCAACGCCUCGGCCGACAAGACGGCCCACCUGUACUGCAUCUACGUGGCGGUAGGUCAGAAGCGAUCUACUGUGGCACAGCUCUUCGAAAUUCUGCGAAAGAAUGACUGCUUGAAGUACACUACAGUCGUGGCUGCCACGGCCUCCGAUGCCGCGCCUUUGCAGUUUCUGGCGCCGUACACCGGCUGCGCCAUGGCGGAGUACUUCCGCGACAAUGGCAAGCAUGCAGUCAUCUUCUACGAUGACCUGUCCAAGCAAGCAGUGGCAUAUCGUCAGAUGUCACUGCUGUUGCGGCGGCCGCCAGGACGCGAGGCCUAUCCAGGUGAUGUCUUCUAUUUGCACAGCCGCUUGCUCGAACGUGCGGCCAAGAUGAACGAGACCACUCAUGGCGGUGGCUCCCUUACUGCCCUGCCGGUGAUCGAGACGCAAGCCGGUGACGUCAGCGCCUACAUCCCCACCAAUGUGAUCUCUAUUACCGAUGGUCAGAUCUUCUUGGAGACGGAGCUCUUCUACAAGGGUAUCCGUCCUGCUGUCAACGUCGGCCUUUCCGUGAGCCGCGUGGGAAGCGCAGCCCAGAUCAAAGCCAUGAAGCAGGUGGCUGGCACCUUGAAGUUGGAGCUGGCGCAGUACCGUGAGGUUGCAGCCUUUGCGCAGUUCGGUUCCGACCUGGAUGCAGCCACGCAGCACCAGCUGCUGCGAGGCGGAAUCCUGACGGAGCUGCUCAAGCAGAAGCAGUUUGUGCCUAUGACAACCGCGGAGAUCAUCGUCUCUCUGUGGGCAGGAACUCGUGGUUAUCUGGACAAGGUCGCGACCAAAGAGAUCCUGCGGUUCGAGUCCUUGUGGCUGAAGCACUUCAAAGACACCAAGGGUGACGUCCUUAAGGAAAUUAUGGAGAAGAAACAGAUCACGCCCGAGAUCGAGGGAAGCAUCAAGUCUGCCAUGGAUGAGUUCCUCGGCAUGAACGAGUUCGAGGGCAGGGCAGCAUAG